AUGAGAUUCCAAAUCUGCAUAGUGCUGAUCGUUCUCAGUGGUUUUCUUCAAAUCCUGGAUGCUCUUCCAUUUCAUCAAGGAAGCUAUCCCUACGACAAAGAAGAUGGUAUGCUGAGCGAAAGAGAAGAAAUGUUGAAGCAGGAAACAGAUGGAGAAAUGGUGGUUUCAAAAAAGGAAGAUGAUGAGUUUGAGCAAGAAAGUGAAGACCCGGCAGUAAAGAAAGGAAUUGAAGCAGAUACGAAAAGGAAUAAGAAUCAAAAAGCGAAGAAACUUCAGCUCAAGAUUAUCAAACUUUUAAACCAGCUACAAAAAAAAAACGAGAAGAAUCGCUUUAAGAAACUUCGAUGUAGGAAAGGAAAAUGUGUAAAACCAAACCGAAAACCAAAUGAAAAAGGCAAGGAGACGAGCAAGAAAGGUAAAGGCGGUGAAAACAGACAGGAAAAAACAGGAAAUGGAAAUGCUCGAAAACAACAGCAACAAACUACUUCGAAACCGAAAGAGGGCGAUGUGAUAUCGUCAGGAACACCUGGCCCUCCUAGUUAUAGAUACGAGCUUCCAGACCAUUAUGCACUUAAAUUAUUAAAAGAUGCGAUGAUUAAAUUCGGAAGUGAGUCAGGAGUUGCAGCCUUCAAUCCUUAUGGUCGUUAG